AUGGACGAUAAGGUGGACCGGAUAUUUGGAUAUCAAUACGAGCUGGGUCAGCUGUAUGCACUUCCGCUGGGCUACUUCGUUUGGGAUGUUAUUGUGUCUUUGCGUUACGAAGGACCUGCAUUUAUAUUGCAUGGUGUGCUUGGCUUGAGCGCCAAUAUUCUCGUGUACAAACCGUUCCUCAUGUUCCAAGGGCUCAGUAUCGUGAUGUGGGAACUAAGCACACCGUUCCUGAAUAUCCACUGGUUCCUCGAUAAGCUCGGACUCACGGGCUCGCGCAUUCAGUUCGUGAACGCGUUGUGUCUCCUUUUGACCUACGUGAUUGUGCGCAUGACGUUUGGUGUGUACGCGAGCUAUGAGCUCAUCUCACUUCUAUGGAGUCCAUCCGGACAAAACGUGUCGAUGAUUCUGAAGUGGUACUACUCACUUGGAUUACCGGUCUUGAACAUGCUUAACUACAUGUGGUUCUUUAAAAUGCUCCGUGCCAUGCACAAGCGCUUCUUUGCUCCCGCCAAGAACAAGAGUCAGUGA